GUGUUUGUUAUGCCAAGAUUCUGUUUGUUCUUCACAGUGUCCACCCGUCGCUUAUUAUAUCCCAGAUUUCAUUACUGAGGCUGAGGAAGCGCAUCUUUUGCAACAGGUUUAUGGUGCCCCUAAGCCAAAGUGGACUCAGCUUUCUGGGAGGAGGUUGCAGAACUGGGGGGGGCUGCCGCACCCGAAGGGGAUGGUGUCGGAGAAGCUGCCCCCAUGGCUUCAGGCUUAUACCGACAAAGUGUCCUCUCUCGGCGUCUUUGGAGGGAAGCUGGCCAAUCACGUCCUGGUGAACGAGUACCGCCCCGGUGAGGGGAUCAUGCCUCACGAGGAUGGCCCGCUAUACUUCCCGACGGUCACCACCAUCAAUCUAGGGUCUCACACCCUUCUGGAUUUCUACCAUCCUGUCAGCAGAGGGCAGCAGACGGAAGGUGGACAGGUGAGCACUGGCAGAGCUCCGCGGGUGGCCUGGGCAGUGACCGCCGAAGCAGAAAUCCCAGGGUUAGAGUGCCAUUCACCUGCAUUUUUGCCCGCUCUGUUUUCUGAAAACAUCUUGUUCGACUUCUGCUGUGGACUCGCUUCCCAGACCGAGAAAGAGCGCCACUUCCUCUCCUUGCUCCUGAAGCCCCGCAGCCUCUUGGUCUUGCGGGAAGACAUGUACCUACAUUACCUGCACGGAAUCCGCUUUGUCAUAGAAGACACCGUCAUGGAGAAAGUGGCCAACUUGGAUGCGUGCGGCUCUGAGCUCGGGGACAUGUUGUGUCGAGGGACACGGGUUUCGCUCACCAUCCGACACGUCCCCAAAGUGCUCAAAACGUCCAUUGUUCUGGGCAGGAGAAAGUGACUCUUUGAGAGGCCUUGGG